AUGCGCAUCAACAAGGCCCUCACCAGCGCGGCAAAGUCCAGAAAGGCGGAUUCCGUCGGCAAGGUCUUGCGGGUGUCUGCGAUGAACUUGCACCUCAUGAACGGUGUCAACCUGGCCACGGCUAUCCAUCGGCUCGCGCGUGCGUGCGAGGGGUCGAAACCUAGCAUUGAGCAAGUCACCAGCGAUUCAGUCUUCCAGCUAAUGCUGGAGAUGGCUGAGUGCAAGGCGCAGCAGGAGUUCCAGCUGCAAGAUACAAGCAUGCCGGCCAACUGCUGCACAAUUAUUACCUGGUCCUGCGCGGUUCUGCGGAUUUUUGUGCCAUCCUUGCUGGGGGUACUUGCGAGAGUGGCAUCUAGGUCAUUGACAGACUGCCAGCCUUUUGAAGUCACCAACAUGCUCUGGGGCUUCGCGGAGCUCAGCAAGCGGGAGCCCGCCACAGCGGCUGGCUUGGAGGCGCACAUUCAGGAGCUGGUGGAUGCUGCGGCCUACGUUAUGAUGCCUCGAGGGCCAGCAUCUUGGAAGGUGCAGGUCCUUAUCUCGGCUUUCGUCUCGCUGACCUCCUUACCGUGCGCAGGCCAAACCACGGCAAGGCUUUUGCUGCUAAGCAUCGCUGAAGAGCUGGCAGAACGUGGUGCAGAGCUGGAGACUGCUAACUCUCAACCGGUUUUUGCAGCUUGUUAUGCUCUGCGCUGGAGUCACCCGAAGGUGUUCGAGGAUAUCCUGGCCACCGUGGCCCCCAAGAACUCUGCCUUCAUAUCGCAGGUCUUUCUUGCCGGCGAUGCUUCUGCUGGGAAGGGGAGGCGUGUGCAAGUCAUGCAGAUGCACAGGCAGCCCGCGAUGGCAGCAAGCAGGUUUUUGCCAAACUCCUUCUCUCUUUGA